AUGUUCUACGUUAUGUACCUGACAGGCUUAUGCCAAAGGCGCCACUGGCCCGACCCACUUUUCCAAACCUACCGAACACGCUAUGGUUAUGGUUCAACCGUCAGAGUGAACAACCGAGAGUAUUCGACUGACGUGGAGUACGAGAGCGAAGAGCUAGCCAAGAACGCCGCCGCCACUCGAGCCUACAUGAUCUGCCGCAACUUUUCGGUCAACGAUGGAAUGUACCCAGGACAACGGCCCGGUCAGGGUGCCCAGGGACUGCCAACACCGAUAGGAGCAGGCCGACGGAACACUUCCUCAUCCAACGAUUACGACAGCUCCAGUACCACCAGUGGCAACACCAGCCCAAGGAACUCUGAUUGCGGCCUCGAUGCCGCACAGGCGGCUGCGGCAGGAGGCCGACGACCCAGCAAAGCCUCUGUGGCCCCUUCGGGAACCUCGGCAUGCUAUUGCGGCCGUGGUUAUGUCCGUGCUUACGAGAGAUGCUCGGGUUGUCUUCAAGAGGCGGGAUAUAGAGUGUAA